GCUGACUUCUGUGUUUACGGAGCGGUGUUUGAAGUUCGGUAGUGCCACCAUGGUCUGAAACAUUAAAAGUGUUGGCCCAGGCAGUCUGUGUAGUAGUUAGUGUAAACACAUACCCGUGAUUUGCACACUCGUAGUCGUAUCAUUUGCUGGACGACCUUAGAAACAGCAUACGAAAGCUCUCUCCUAGGCUGGCCCAUCAACCUAUAGCUGCUCUCAUCACCGGCAGCAGCGGCAGUAGCAGCAGAAAACGCGUUGCUACACCCGCGACUGGCUUGAUCGGCACCAUCUGGAGGAACCGAAGGAUAGCAAGUAGUCUUGUCACUACGUCCAUCUGCCUCGGCGUUCACGCAGCAGUAGCCGAUCGUUGUUUCAUUGAGAUACGGCCGGAGCAGUUACAGAGAUCUCCGGGCUCCGUGCUAUAAAGCAGCGUCUCGGGCAGCUACGGCGCAAUGGAAGAAGUGGGAGAGACUCCCAUCGCUGCGGCUUCACCUGUGGAGCAGGAGCAUCCGCAGCAGCAGCAGCCUCCGGACAGCAUGAAGAUCAAUGGAAAUGGUAGUGAUAGCGGCGUAGAAGAGGAGUCUCCAAAGAAGCAGAAUGCUGCAGUCUCUGUGAGCGAAGUCAAACCAACGAAGCCUCCAACCACAGGUGCUCGCCUCUCAGGAGUAAAGAAACCAGGAGAGAAAGCACCCGGAAAAGCAGCCACCCCUGGACGGACAACAGCGGCAGGAAAGACAGCCACAUCUGGACGUCUACCCGUAGCAGGAAAGGCAAUUCCGCCGGCGAGAACACCGGCGCCAUCUGCUAGGAGAACAACGACGAGCAUGACGAGCGUCGGAAGCAGGAUGGAGAAGAAGACGACAGUUGGAGCGAGGAUGACAAGGACAGCGCCAUCUGGUGAUGGGCCAGCUCCUGCGAAGACCCGUCUCACACCAAAGUACCGGACAUGAAGAAUGUGAAGUCAAAGAUAUCUUCGACUAACGAUGCGAAGCCCAAGCCAGGUGUUGGCACUGCCAGGGUGACCAAUGUAAAAUCGGACGUCAAGGCGACAGCAAAGUCGAAGGUGCAUCAGCCCAGCAUUGGGACCAAGAAGGUUCUUGAUGCGAAGGCGGAAGUGAAGGCCACCAGCAAGAUUAGUUCACAUGAGAACAGCCAGCUUAGGUCAGCACCACCAGCCAGAACAAACCAAAAACCCGAGCCAGCAAAGCCAAGACUGCCCACACGGGCAGGUGAUGUUAAGAAAGCCCCACUUGCCCAUGCCCCACAAGCAAAGAGUGCUGAUACAGCAAAGAAGCCUUCUACUAGGAUAACAACAGUUGGCAGAUCAACAGUGAUACCUACGAAAACACCAACAGCGAAAUCAGCUUUGAAGCCAGGUUUGGAGAAGAAAGCUCCAGGAAAAGCAGACAAAGUUCCCACGAAACCCAAGGCAGCCCUGAAGAAGAAGACACCUGGCAAGGAAAAGAACGACCAGGAGGAGAAGAAGGAUGCUGAGAAGCCAGUGGUAGAUACUGUGACACACGUGAUCCCGCAGAUUCCAUUGGAAGAGCCGUCUGAAGUCGUUGCACCGGCUGAGGAGGCACCUACUAAGGAGGCUGUGAUGGCAAUAGAGGAGCCAGUGCCUGCAGUAGAGGAGAAACCAGCCUCUCCAGUACUGGACGAGCUAGCACUUGCAGUAGAGGAGAAGCCAAGCCCUGCAGUAGAAGAGGAACCAGCCCCUGCAGUAGAGGAGGAACCAACCCCUGCAGUAGAGGAGGAACCAGCCCCUGCAGUAGAGGAGGAGCCAGCCCUUGUAUUAGAGGAGGAACCAUCAUCUGCAGUAGAGGAGCCAAUCAAAGAGCCUGUAUUUGGUGAUGACGGCGGUGACGUGGACCAUGGUAUGACCGACAGCCAGUCACGAGGGGGAGCCACGGUGGAGCCUGAGCCUUAUUGGCCAGAUGAGGAGGGCGUUGGUCUUUCGCACCCGAGUUACGAGCUUCAUGGUGACGAUGGCAUCCAUGAGCUGCCUACUGCUACUGCUGCUGCUGCUGCUGCUAUCCACGACGACCACUCCAAUGGACAUACGGAUUCUGCAUCUCAUGUUCUCGCUGCUGGUGAUUGCGGUGUAGUAGGGUCAGUGGACAGUGCAGGCAUGGCGGCUACAGACCCUGUUCCCACUCUUGACCACGUACUAGAAUUUCCUGCUCCUACAGAAACCCGUGAUCACUCACAUGAUGCUGUUUGCCCCACGAAUAUGUUAGAACAGCAUCACCCACCUGAAGCCUUUGUUCCUGCCAAUACUCUCGAUCACACAGAAGAAAACCUGGUUCCUGCGGAAACUGCAGGCUAUUCACUGGAAGAAUUUGUUCCCACAGAAACCCCAGGUCUGUCACACGGUUACGACGCUCCCAUAGGUAUGCCUAUCUUUGCACCUGACGACAUGGAUUCCACACAAGGUCCCGAGCAAGACCUUGUUCCUACAGAAGUAGCUGACGUAUUGCCUGAACACUCUGUUCCUGCAGAAAUCUCUAACCCUCUGUGUGAAACCCCUGAUGAGGAUGAUAUGUUUGAUCGCUCAGCUGAAGACUCCACUCACACUCAGUCGCCCGACAAAUCACCGGAAGACUUUGCUCCUGCAGGAAUGCACGACUUAUGCCAAGAAUAUCGUUCUCCAGAGGAUUCAGCUGGACUAUCGGCUGAAGAUCCACUCUCUGCAGGAAGUCACGAUCAGUCGCCUGUCGCUCCUGUUCUCACUGGGUCUCUCGAACUAUCACCUGCAGAUCCUUUUCCCACUGGGUCUCUCGAACUAUCACCUGCAGAUCCUUUUCCCACUGGGUCUCUCGAACUAUCACCUGCAGAUCCUUUUCCCACUGAGUCUCUUGAACUAUCACCUGCAGAUCCUUUUCCCAAUGAGUCUCUCGAACUAUCGCCUGCAGAUCAUUUUGCUACAGAACGCCUGAGCCGUCAUCUAUCGUCCGCUACCCACUAGACGCCUGACCAGUGCCCACCAAACUAUUUCCCACGAGACAUUGCCGGCUUGUCGGCCACGACCAUCUUCCUACUGGAUCUCCUGACGUGUCGCCUCUGGACUCUCAUCCCGUGGCAAUGCCCGAGCUUCCGUCAGAGCUGUCGCUGCAUGCUGACCCUACUUCUAUGCACGAACCAGGCGCUAGUCCCUGCUACUCACCAGACGAGGUCCUGCUCUCAGAACCGGGGCCGAACAGCAGCGAGGUUGAACCGGACGUGCACACUUAUGGCAGCUGCCACCCAGGUGAGGAGACAGUGUGUGCUGAUCAUAGCCCAGGGCCGGACGCCGCGCAUGAGCAGCAUGACGGUGACGUACUGUUAGCUGUAGAGAAGGACAGAGGGUGGGGCAGUAGAGAGAGAGAGAAAGCGAGAGAGAGAGAGAGAGAGAGAGAGAGGAGAAGAGAGAGAGA